AUGGCUGGUCUUAGGUCUGGGUUAAUUACAAAUGCAAAUGAUGCUAGCACUAGCAACAACGAUAACAAUGAAGAUAUUCCGGAAAACAUCCUCGCUUCCAACAACGAUGGAGGUGAUACUACUCCUCCUUACACCAACAACGAAAAUCAUCCUCUCUUCGGCCGACGUCCUGAGGAAGUCAGGGAGAAUCCUCCUACCGUAGCUGAUCUCAUGAGAUACAACGUUUUUGGAUUUCUAUCUAGAAACAGAUCCUUCUCAGCUUCCGCAACAACACUCAGAACCCUAAUUUGCUUUUCAAUGGCAGACAAAACUCCUACCCUAGCUGAAAUCGCAGCAGUUUUAACAACUAUUCAAACCUCUGUUACCUCUCUUCAAACAUCUGUUAACUCUCUGGAAAACAAGUUUGAUAUCAAUAAAACUGACGUAACAAACAAGCUUGAAACUAUUGAAACAAGAUUAAUUUCUCAUGCCGAAUUUAUAAACAAGUUAUUGGUACACACCGGAUUAGAAGAGAAAGAACCGGUGGAAGGUUUUCUUAAUACUCCAAAAAAACAAUUUAAUGUGACUAUCAACCUUGAUGAAGAUGAUAUAGUCGAACAUCAAGAAUUUCAGAAGUGGACGGAUGAAAAAAGAUUAAACUCUACUUUGAAUUCUUAUGGAAAUCUACCAGAAUAUAAGUUAAAGGCUGAUAUACCUAGUUUUCAUGGUGGUUUACAAAUUGAAGGUUUGCUGGAUUGGUUUUAUGAAGUCGAAUCCUUUUUCAAAUUCAUGGACGUCCCUGACUCUUCUAAAGUAAAACUGGUCGCCUAUAAAUUGAAAGGUGAAGCUGCAGCUUGGUGGGAAACCCUAUGUGAAGAUCGAGAUAAAUAUGACAAACCUCUUAUACGUACUUGGAUACGAAUGAGAGAAUUAUUACGAGCCAAGUUUUUACCAAAAGAUUAUAAGCAGCAAUUGUUUAUUAAGCUUCAAUACUGUCGACAAGGAGCAAAAUUGGUCGAAGAAUAUGUAGCAGAGUUCUAUGGUUUAGUUGCUCGUAACCAAUUAAAGGAAACUGAAGAAAAAUUAGUUGCACACUUUGUAGAUGGGUUGAACAAUUUAAUUCAACAAGGGAUGACACAAUCAGCUUUUACAAUGGUUGAAUCAAUACAACAAGCUCUUAAGGUUGAGAGACGUGUACUCAGUACUUCUCGCCAACCAACUCCAAGACAGGCUCGUUAUCAAGAUUUUUACAAAGCUGCCAGACCAUAUAACUCUUAUGGUUACCAGGGUGAAAAAGGUUCAACAGUCGUUGUUGAUCCAUCUUCACAAGGAUCAACUGUCUUUGUUGAUCCACACGACAGAAGUGCAAACCAACAAUAUCAGCAACAACAAACUACUUUUGUUCCUACAGAACCUGCUCCUACAAUGCAUAUAUCAUCUGCUAAGCCACCUCCGAUUUCUCCACAGCGAAAUUUUGUUCGAAAUACUCGAGGUAAUCAAUUUCCACAAGAAUUUACUCCUUUAUCUAAACCCUCUAAUCCUUAUUCAAAGUUUCGAGGAGAUAAGUGUAACAAAUGCAACCAGACUGGUCAUACUUCUAGUGAAUGUCGAAAGUUUCAUGCCUACAUUAAUGAAAUUCAAGAAGAAACACAAGCAAAAGAAGAAUUGGGAGAUGAUGAGUUUAAUUAUUUGCAAGAACAUGAGACUUAUGAUGAAGAUUUUCUUGGUGUAAUUCGUCCAUUGCUAAUCACUGAACCAUGUCCUACUCAAAGACAUAGUAUAUUCAAAUCUCAUUGUCUCAUUGAAAGAAAACUUUGCAACAUGAUCAUUGACAGUGGAAGUACGGAAAAUUACGUUUCUAUUCAAUUAGUUGAAAAACUUGGUUUACCUGUUACUACUCAUCCAAAUCCAUACUCAGUUGGUUGGAUAAACACUUCUUCAACUCAACAGAUCACUCAUCAGUGCUUGGUCAAGUUUUCUUUCCCUGGAUAUGCGGAUUAUGCCUUAUGUGAUGUUAUUAAUAUGACUACAGCAAUCUUACUAUUGGGAAGACCUUGGCAAUAUUAUAUUCGUGAUGUUCAUAAUUGUUAUGACAACACUUAUACUUUUGUUCAUGAAGGUUUUACUAAAGUUUUAUGGCCUUUACAAUCUUCUUCUUCAAUCAAGGAACCAACAAACAAGAAGAUGACUGCAGUGGUAGCUACAAUUGUUCAUUCUUUGAACACUCAUUCUUUGAGAUCUCAUGAAGUUACUAAACCUAUGGUGGAGAUUCCAGACAAGGUACAACCUUUAUUGUUAAGUCCUAAAGAACAUGAGAUUUUACAAGGUCAGGUUGAUGAUUUGUUACAAAAGGGUUUGAUAAGACUUAGUAAAAGUCCUUGUGCUAGUCCAGCCUUUUUAAUAGACAAAAAGGAUGGUGGUCAUCGUAUGUGUAUAGACUGUAGAGCAUUAAACAGAGUUACUAUACCAUAUAGGUUUUCUAUACCAAGAAUUGAUGAUAUGAUUGAUGUGCUUGCUGGUUAUAAAGUGUUUACAAAGCUUGAUUUGUGUAGUGGGUAUCAUCAAAUACGAAUCCGUGAAGGUGAUGAGUGGAAGACAACUUUCAAGACAAAAGAAGGCUUAUAUGAAUGGUUGGUAAUGCCUUUUGGUUUAUCUAAUGCUCCUAGCACUUUUAUGCGUCUCAUGAAUCAAGUUUUGCAACAUUUUCUUGGAAAAUUUGUCAUUUUUUAUUUUGAUGACAUAUUAAUCUUUAGCACCAGUGAAGAAGAACAUCUUACACAUUUAUCUCAAGUUUUUAAGGCACUUCAAGGCAAUGUUUUGUAUGUGAACUUAAAGAAGUGCACAUUCUUUACAAACAAAGUCACUUUCUUAGGCUAUGUUGUGUCAGAUACUGGUAUUUCUGUGGAUGAUUCUAAAGUUAAGGCAAUUGUGGAUUGGCCUACUCCAACAUCUAUACGUGAAGUAAGAAGUUUUCAUGGGUUAGCUUCUUUCUAUAGAAGAUUUAUGAGAAACUUUAGUACUAUUGCAGCUGGUUUGACAGAUUGUUUUGAGUGUGAUACUUUUGAAUGGACUGAAGAAGCAGAUAAGAGCUUUAAUCUUCUUAAAGAAAAAUUAUUCAGUGCACCUUUUCUUGCCAUGCCAAAUUUUGAUAAACUUUUUGAGAUUCAUUGUGAUGCUUCUGUUGUUGGCAUUGGUGUUGUGUUAUCUCAAGAAGGACAUCCAGUUGCAUAUUAUAGUGAAAAGAAUUCAGAUACAAGGAAGAAGUGGUCAACUUAUGACUUGGAAUUAAUUGCUCUUGUUCAAGCUCUUAAGAAUUGGCAUCCUUAUCUUAUUCACAGUGAGUUUGUUGUUAACACUGAUAAUCAAGCUCUCAAGUUCUUAAAAACUUCAGCAAAGGUCAAUAGGAUGCAUGAUAGGUGGUUAUCAACUAUCAAUCAAUAUACAUUUUCCAUUAAACAUCAAAGUGGAAAACUUAAUCAAGUUGCUGAUGCAUUGAGUAGGAGAGCUCAUCUUCUUGUUACUCUCAAACAUGAGAGUUUAGCUUUUGACUUCUUAAAAGAUCUCUAUAGUGAAGAAAAAGAAUUUCAGAAACUCUGGGAAAAGUGUGGUUCUUCAACAGGAAGUGUUGAUGAUUAUCUCAUUCAAGAUGGUUUUCUUUUUAAAGGGAAUCGUUUAUGUAUACCUCAGUGUUCUUUACGUCUUCAUUUGAUCCAAGAAUUACAUGGAAGUGGCCUGGGAGGACAUUUUGGACGUGACAAAACUAUUGCUUUAGUUGGGGAACGUUAUUUUUGGCCUUCAAUUAAAAUAGACAUUCAAAAGUACGUACAAAAAUGCAUGGUCUGUCAGCAGUCUAAAGGGAAUGUUCAAAACACUGGUUUAUAUACUCCACUUCCUAUUCCUGAUGCACCUUGGGUGGACAUUAGCAUGGACUUUGUGCUUGGUUUACCACGUACUGCAAGGAGGAAUGAUUCUAUUAUGGUAGUUGUUGAUCGUUACUCCAAAAUGGCUCACUUUAUACCAUGCAAGAAAACUACAAAUGCCUUAAUGUUGCUUAUUUGUUCUUCAAAGAAGUAG